AAACUUCAAAACCACCAAAUUUUUUCAAAUUUACGAUCGCGACUGGCAAACGAUUCGCUUGCAAAUCUCUCCUCUUCUAAUCACAAAAGUCCGGGUCCUAAAAAUCUGCUGGCCAAUAACCGAGGGGACGAAAUUUUGUUCUGGGACGAGACGGCCUGGUGCCUCUACUCCUUCAACAUCAAAGCGGCCCUAGUUAAACCUGAAGAUGACUUUGUUCAGGAGUUGGUGUGGUUGAACGUGCCAAAGUUUGUAAUUGAAAGAAUUUUGUUGAGCCCUUAUGAAAGUCAGCUGGCUUUGUACGGGGAGGCUGGUCUCCAGAUUGCAACUCUGCCAAAAACAAGAGGGAAAAAUGGCCUAUAUAAAGAUGGAUCAAAGUCUAUCUGUUGCCAGUGUGUGACAGUUGAUGAAAUUUUUUUUACCAUGACCCUACACAAGCUCUUGUCCGCAGCCUGGCAUCCUGGGUUUAAGUCACCCAACGUUUUGUUUGUCCUAACUUCCGAUAAUAGUUUCAGAAUUUACACUUCGGAGCAUGCCAGCCAGCCAGUUGGCACUAUAAACCUGAACACAAUCAUGGCCGACGAUGUUGUCAUCUCGUCGAAAAAUGUUCUAGGAGAAUCAUUCGUGGCUUUUGACUUUGGUACCGAAGAUUUGGCCGGUGCUAUGCGGCAGAAAAAACCAAAAACUACAAAUGGUUUGAAUAAUUCUCUAGUGAAAUCAUCGGAUCCAAACAAAAGUGUGGUAGGCAGUUUGUUGAAAAACAAGAAAAAUAAUAUCCUCGGUUAUGAUAAUGAUCUCGGAGAUGAUUAUGAUGACAAUUGCCAGGAUGAUGAUGAUGAUGACGAUGGCGUGGGAGGAGCCUGGAAUAUUUACCUCUUGAUGGGAAAUGGACAGGUCUGUCUAUGCAUUCUGGUUUAUAGCCAUUUAAAAUUCAAGCACACCCUGGUAGGCCCCUUGCGAAUGUACCCCGCGGCAGACGACAACUACGGAUGCGACGCCUGUAGCAUCAUCCACAUCAACUCCGACCCGCCAGUCCUCGUCGUCGCCACCUGCGAUGGAAAGUUACAUCACUGUAUUCUUCUGGGGUCCAGUGAUGAUGACGAUGAUGAUGAUGGUGAUGGUUGUGACGUUGGUGGUGGUGAUGAUAGUAUUAUUCGUCGUGGGAGUUAUAAGGCUAAUGGAAAGAAUUCCCCGGCCAAAGUUAAGACAGAAGAUAGCAGCACAAAAUCUCUGUACGUUUUUGAGACAAUUGAACUGGAGCUGCAGCUAUCAACGCCUUCUAUACAGAGUGCAACUGAAGACCCAAAUUCCGACAGCAAACUCAAUCAUCGUAAUGGUGAUGGCGAUUUCAAUGGCGAUGAUGAUGGUGUUUGUGAUGAGAGUGUCCCCGACCUUUAUAAUCUGCCCAUAAUGCUCUACAAGGACACUUCAGUCAGAGAGAGGUACCACUGCUGUCACGUUACCGGGCUGCAUUCCAUCAUGUUGCCAUGGUUACAGAAGCUGGGAGCGUAUUUCUCCAGUGAUGAAAAUACAAAGAAGGAUGAUGACAAUGACGAUGCUGCUGCUACUGCUGCUACUGAUGACGGCGGUUGUCUGCCACUGAAGAUUGACGACCAGUCAAUUGUAGAACAUCUCAUCUGCACGAAGCCACUUAAGUCAUGGACUACCCAGAUCCUAAGAGAGGAGUACAUACAGAAGAUUAACCAGGCUAAGAAUGAGAUAGAGAAACAUGUCGCGAAAUUAGACAAAGCGGAAUACAGGCAGAAGAUGGAGGUCAGAGAACUGUUGGAGAAUUUCAUCGUCAUUAAAGAGAGAAGAAGUGAUCUAGAGAAGAAGUUGAAAAGAAUUACAGGGUGCAAAAGUGAACUUAACGAAAGGCUGAAAGGUUUAUCAUACCACAUCGAAUCCGACCUGCCUGAGCUCUCGAUAGCCGAAAAAGCCAUGUUUAAGAAGUUGAAGAGCCUCCAGGAGAGAGUUAAGAAGCAGGAGUUUAACGUUACUAUGGUUGAGAGACAAUUUGAACACAACAAAAAGCUAAUGACUUUACCAGAAUCGUCUCCAUCAUCAUCAUUCGCAUCAUCAUCAUUCGUAUCAUCGUCAUCGUUUUUUUCUUCGCCUCCACACUCUCCUCUGAAGACAUCAUCAUCAUCGUCAUCAAGACCUACAUCGUUAUCAUCAACAACAUCAUCACUUAUUAGUAGUGAUAAGGAAGUUAUAAUUAGAUCGAUGCUGUUGAAGGAAGCUAACGAGAUAUCCAAGUUGGUCACGGAUAUCAAAAGGCUUAAAAAUUCAAUUGGACCCCUUUAAAUCAUUCACAUACAUACAUAUAUAUAUAUAUAUAUAUAUAUAUAUAUAUAUAUAUAUAUAUAUAUAUAUGUAAAUAUGUAUAUAUAUAUAUAUAUAUAUAUGGUUAUAUAUAUAUAUAUUGGAUUAAGACUCAGAAAUGCAUAUAUAUAUAUAUUGUUAUAUUAUUAUUGUUUAUCGACAAAGCGAUUUUUUAUCGAUUUUAUUGAUAAUGAUUAUUUUGUAUUUAUUUUUUUCGCAAUAAAAUGAACUUGGAGCUUUCAUAGCAACAAAGACGACAUUACAGUAAUAUUUGGAUUGGAUUUUAGAUCACUUUAUUUUAUAUAAUGAUGAUAAUUUCAGUGAAUAAAUGAUAAAAAUUGAUGAUAAACCGAUAAUUAUUAUUGGGCUCUUAUUUUUAUUAUUAUCACCAUAGUUAUUGUAAUAAAUUUUAUUUUAAAAUUGUAUAUUUUGUUCAUUCUUUUAAAAUAUU